AUGAACGAAACGUUUUUCAGUCAAAAUGGAAACGAAUUGACGAGUGAAUACCAGAUUCUCGAGAAGGAAGCUGACGCCACCCCCGCGAAAGACGCACAGGCAUUGCAGCAUGUAGCAAGCAAGGGUGAAAAUGGGCAGGAUCAAAAUGACCAGAAUGAAGACGAUGGUGAGAACCGCGGCGAUGAGAACAACGACGAAGCAAACUACGACGAAGAAAACUACGACAUUUUAAACAUGCUAAAUGAAAUCAAAAAGGACGUCCUAUACGAAAACGAAAAGUUGCAGCAACAGAGCAGUCAAAACGUGCACAUCACAGAGGGGGACGAUGGCGACAAAGCGGACCGGAACGCUGUCAAUCAAACAGGCGAGGAAGCCUCCAACCAACACAACCACGCGAGCGAAACGAAAAACACAAUCAAUGACAAUAUCGUCGCGUUGGCGAAAGGUCAAUGCGGCGAGGAAGUAAGGGUCCCCAAUAGGAACAAAACGGAGGAAAACCCAAAGAAACUACCCAAGAAAGAACCCCAAGUGGAAGAGGAACCUUUGGAAAAGCAGCUAAACUCUAGCGAUGCUCAAGUGAAAAGCCAAGGUGCUGCUCCAAAUGAGCAGAGUCACAGAAAUGUGAGCAUUAAGAAGAGCACAGGAAGGCCAUCUAAAAAACCAAAAAAUAUUCCCAGUGAUGCAAAGAGUACCCCAUUUUUAAGUAAAGAACCCUCGAAAAAAAGGAAGGCAAAAAAUGGACCCGAUCCACAAUACGCUGCGUUGGCAAUGCAUCCGUUGUACCCCGCGCACCGUGCACAUUUGGCCAAUCUGGCCAAAGUUACCAAAACGAACAACCCCCUUAUAGACGAUGAAAUUGAAUACCUAACGAAUUGUGAAUUCGUAACACAGAACUACCUCAAGGAGAUUGAAAAAAAGAGGCCGAGAGUAAAAAGCCAUAGCAUUAACAUAGACAUUUUUUACUCAAGCAGGAGUGAAAAGUCGACGGAUGAAAGUGAAAAAGAAGCAGAAGUAGACAGCUCCAUAGACUCAAUUGAAGAGUUCUAUGAAAAUAUUUGCCAAUCAGAUGUGCCCCUCGAUUUUUAUAAAAAUUCUCUAAGUGCCAAACAGGGGGUGAAAGAAGUCCAACCAGAAUACUUUCUCAACACAGAAAAUAGCGUAACGGAGGAAAUUCAAAUUUUGAAUAGAUACAUAAAAGACAUGACAGAGGGUCAACAGAAAAAUUCUUCCUACAUUGAUGUAGAUAACAAAUUGGUUAAUAUUCUUUCCCUAUCCUUUUUAACCUUUAUUGACCAUGUAAUUUAUGAUUCGCACAUUUAUGCUUUGAAGAGUGAAUUUACACAAGGGGGAGAGACGGACAAGGGAAAAAAAAGCACCACUGAUGAAAUUGCUACCCCAAAUGGAAACUCCCAAAACGAGUGCCUAGAUGAGGAAGCGGCACCAGCAAGGACCAAAAAAAUCAACAUCGUUGGAAGGAACGCCCCCAAUGGUGCUAACCUCCAAAACGAACCUGGCAAAGAUAACCCAAAAAUGUCUCCCCCAAAGGAGAAGUUGUUUAGCAUGAAGAACGCUCAAGAUGCUCAAAGUAAAGAGCCUCCUCGUAGUGUUGACGUAUUAGAUAAUCCUGAUCAAGUGACCAGAAAGGAGGCUGUCCAGAAUGAUGGCGUGAGUGCCCGUGAAUAUGGCGCACAAUGUACCCCAGAAUAUGCCCAAGGGUAUCCCCCAGAACGUGACGAAAGAGUAGGCACCGAAAUUAUUUACACCCCAGAGGUAAUCAACCUAUGCCUAACCAAUUUGUAUAACCAGGAAUUGGUAAGCAAAAUUAUGAAGCAGAAAAUGAGCGAAGGGGAUGCCAGCGGCGCAUGCGCAGACAACUUGAAGGAUAGCGCCCUUAAUACUAACAAAUUAAUUCAUAACCAUACCAUCGCAGCUACGGCACAGCCGGGCAAAUCGGAAAAAACACAUUUAGAGGAAAGUGCCAACGAAAUGCACUUCAAAAAUGGAGGACUCCUCAAAAGCAAGGACUCUCUGCAAACGAACAUAAAUCACAAAUUAAAUAAACGACAAAUUAUAAUCAACAAAAUAAAUGAAAAGAUUAAAAAAAAAAGUAUCAACAGUUUGCAGAGUUGUGUAAACACUAAAAAGUAUUCACUGGAUGAUUUGUUCGAGCUUUAA